AUGUCUUUCAGCAUAGAAUUCCUCUCAACAAGAAGUGGAAAGGCCUUGCUUUUGAAACAGGAAACCAAGCACUAUCUCUUCGGGUAUUAUGAAGGUUUUCAGAGACACUCGAUCGAACGGAACAUAAAAUUACCGAAAAUCACAAAUGUUUAUCUGUUUGAGGACCACCAAAUAAUUCCGUUAUUAGGUUUCUGCUUAACGGUCGCCGACAUGGGAAGAGAGGCGCUAUGGGUGUACGGAUCCGAGAAUGUCAAAAAAAUUUUUCAGAAUGCCUGCAGCUUCGCAAGGCGUAGUAAGCUCAAAAUGACGUUUUCAAACAAUAACCCUGAGGUUGUACCUCUUGAGAUGGCAGCAGGAAUGAAUUAUGUUGUGAGGUUGCCCAAGAUUAAAGGACGGUUGGACAUAAGCAAGCUUGACCGGCAUUUUCCUGCGAAACUGAGAAAAGAUCUCAAGGAAAGAAAAAAGGUUCUCUACAACGGUGUUGAAUACGAUGGAAAUAAUUACAUGGAGGAAGACACAGAGAUUGGAGAUAUUUGCGUUUUGCAUACGACCGGAAAUCUUGGAGAAUGCCUGACACAGCUCAAACAGUUUGACAUAAAACUCUUUAUAUGUAUGAACAGAGAAUGUCUUGCACUGAAAGAGCAUUACCCGGAUAGCCGUUUUGUUCUUUUUGAAGAGAACAACGAAAUCGAAUACAAGUCGUUCUACGAAUUGCAGAAAAGGUUGAACAAAAUCGAUGCAAACUUUUUGUUACCUAAGAAAAACAUCACAAAAAUUGAUGCAACAUCGGCAGAAGAUAUAGAGAAUGCCAAUAAAUCGGAGAUCAGCGGCCUUACAGACACACAUAACAUAAAAUUUACGAAGAAGCAACUGAUUAUGUUCCAUGAGGAUGAAAAGUGUACCGAGCAAAUCAUUUUUCUGGGCACGGGAAGCGCGAUUCCAUCCAAAUACAGAAAUGUUUCCUCCAUUAUUUACGAAGAAGAGAACUGUGCUUAUCUGCUGGAUUGUGGAGAGGACACACUCUCACAAAUUGACCGUGUUUACGGUGACUUGCGCGUCUUGGAAAAGCUAAGGCUGAUUUUUAUAUCUCAUUCACAUGCCGAUCAUCAUCUUGGUCUUUAUUUUAUUCUUAAAAGCAUUCGACACAAAGUCGUGGUCCUGUGUCCGCAAAAGGUCAAAGACUUUUUGAGCCUCUUUGACCUGGAUGUCACUUUCUUCGUAACAGACAAGAAUAGAAAGGCAGAAAUCACGUAUCUGUCAUUCAAUUUAAACGAGAAAAUUAUCAAGGUAUCACUCUGUCCUGUGGACCAUAUCGGUGACAGCUACGGCAUCAAAUUGCAGACUGCGCACGCCAUCUCAUAUUCGGGUGACUGCCGUCCGUCCUUCAUGUUUGCCGAGAUGUCCAAAAAAUCCGAUGUGAUGAUACAUGAAGCCACUUUUACAAACGAUUACCGAGAUAACGCGCUCAAAACAAAACACUCAACAAUAAAUGAUGCAGCUGAUAUUUUUAACAAGUCGGGUGCUCACAUUCUUAUACUCACGCAUUUCAGUCAGAGGUUUCCCAAGAAUGUUCCAUCGGACCUUCAGGUAUUCUACGCAUUUGAUUUUUUCAGGUAUAAUUUCAAGAACAAGUACAAUGAACGCGUGCGAGAGUAUCUAAGGAGCAUUGAUGAGUGAGUAUUUGGUCAUAAUCUGCAUUAUCUUUGUGUUGCUUUCCAAGAAACAUGUUCACUCCAUUUUAAUCUGCCUAUUAAAUUUGCAUGGGACUAAUUAGCACGAUCAGCCAUUUCGGUUACGAG